AAAAACCUUUUUAGUGAACAAACAUUACAGAACUUGCAGCUUCUCUGCAAACUUCACGACGAUCCAUUUUCCAUGGUCGCUUCCCUCUAAAAAUUUCUUCAUUUCUCAGUGAAUCUCAACUGGAGAACUAAAGUUCGUUCGAUUGGCUAUUGUGCAUUUGGUUCGUUCUGCUCCUGCUUCCGGAUUCUCGUCUUUGUAUUUGUUGAGCGUGUUUUUGCUCUGUUUGUAGGUUUACUCCGGUCUUUGUUCACUGUUUCAUACUCAUUUUAGGGUUGAAAAUGGCUGUCGAGGAGAAACAAAGGGUCGAUAAUUCCGCAGAUUCCCCAACUUCGGUUCUGGAAGACGAGGAUUUAUGUAAUGGGGAAAAGGAGAUUAAGUUGGAGGAAGAGAUAAUUUUGGAAGCAAAAAAUGGAGAUUCCAGUCUUAUAUCAAAAGAAAUGGCUGAGGAGGAACAGAAAUUGCUGGAAGCUCGGGUUAAGGAAGAGGAGGCAAAAAGACUUGAGAAUUCAACAGAAUCUGCUAAGUUGAGUGACAAUCAGUUUACCAAAUUGGAUGAACUUCUCACUCAAACACAGUUAUACUCAGAAUUCUUGCUGGAGAAAAUGGAUGACAUCACAUUUAAUGGAGUGGAGGAAGAGAAGAAAUCUGUUGAGGAAAGCAGUGGGCGUGGUUCAAAGAGGAAAGCUGCUGCUCGCUAUAAUAAUAGGAAGGCAAAAAGGGCUGUUGCAGCUAUGCUGACUAGAUCAAAAGAAGAUGAGCAGGAUGAAGAUGUAAACUUGACAGAGGAAGAAAGAAUCGAGAAGGAGCAGAGUGAACUUGUACCUCUAUUGACUGGUGGCAAAUUGAAGUCCUACCAACUCAAAGGUGUCAAAUGGUUGAUUUCAUUAUGGCAGAAUGGGCUGAAUGGAAUCCUUGCAGAUCAAAUGGGGCUUGGUAAGACAAUUCAAACCAUUGGCUUCCUAGCACAUUUGAAAGGGAAGGGACUGGAUGGACCUUACUUAGUUAUUGCUCCUCUUUCCACACUUUCAAAUUGGAUAAAUGAAAUAUCAAGAUUUGUGCCCACAGUGAGUUCUAUUAUUUAUCAUGGUGACAAAAAACAAAGGGAAGAGAUUCGAAGAAAGUCCAUGCCUAGAACAAUUGGACCUAAAUUCCCCAUAGUGGUUACUUCUUAUGAGAUUGCAAUGAGUGAUGCUAAAAAAUUUUUGAGGCAUUACAAUUGGAAAUAUCUUGUCGUUGAUGAGGGGCAUAGACUGAAAAACUCAAAAUGCAAAUUGCUGAAGGAGUUGAAGUACAUAACUGUUGAAAAUAAACUGCUUCUAACUGGGACACCACUGCACAAUAAUUUGGCAGAGCUUUGGUCAUUGUUGAACUUUAUUUUACCAGAUAUUUUUUCAUCCAAUGAAGAAUUUGAGUCAUGGUUUGAUCUCUCUGGAAAGUGUCAAGCUGAAGAAAAAGAAGAAACACAAGAGAAUAGAAAGGCCCAGAUGGUAGCAAAACUGCAUGGAAUACUGAGACCAUUUCUACUUCGGAGAAUGAAAUCUGAUGUUGAGCUAAUGCUCCCUCGGAAGAAAGAAAUCAUAAUAUAUGCAAACAUGACUGAGUAUCAGAAGAACUUUCAGGAACAUUUAGUUAACAAGACAUUGGAAAAUCAUCUCUCCGAGAAGGGAUCAGGACAUGGUUUUAAAGGAAAGCUUAACAAUUUGAUGGUCCAGCUUCGGAAAAAUUGCAACCAUCCCGAUCUCUUGGAAUCAGCCUUCGAUGAAUCUUAUGAGUAUCCUCCUGUAGAGCAGCUAGUUGAGCAGUGUGGCAAAUUUCGUUUGCUAGAUAGAUUGUUGACACAGCUAUUUGCACGCAAGCAUAAAGUCCUUAUCUUCUCGCAAUGGACUAAGAUUUUGGAUAUCAUGGACUACUAUUUUAGUGAGAAGGGAUAUGAAGUUUGCAGAAUAGAUGGUGGCGUGAAACUAGAUGAAAGGAAAAGACAGAUCCAGGAGUUCAAUGAUGUUAACAGCACCUACAGGAUAUUUAUUCUAAGCACCCGGGCUGGUGGUCUGGGUAUUAACCUUACUGCAGCAGAUACUUGUAUACUCUAUGAUAGUGAUUGGAACCCACAAAUGGAUUUGCAGGCUAUGGAUAGGUGUCACAGGAUAGGUCAAACAAAACCUGUACACGUUUACAGACUUGCAACAGCUCAGUCUAUAGAGGGCCGUAUUCUGAAGAGGGCCUUUAGUAAGUUGAAGCUUGAGCACGUGGUCAUCGAGAAGGGGCAAUUUCACCAGGAACGAACAAAACCCAACCCUGGAGAUGUUGUAGAGGAAGAGGAUCUACUAACACUACUAAGGGAGGUAGAUUCUGCUGAAGACAAGAUAAUACAGACAGACAUUAGCGAUGCUGAUUUGGAGCGUAUUUUAGACCGCUCCGAUCUGAUUGCCCCAUUUGGUACAGAUGAUGAGAAAUCUAAAGCUUCUGGUGAUUUAUACCCUCUCAAAGGGCCUGGUUGGGAGGUGGUGAUACCAACUUCCACAGGAGGGGUACUCUCUACCCUUAACUCUUAAACUGUUAACAGUAGUCUUGUAGGUGGUGUUGUUUUUUGGGACUUAUUGUAAGUGUGUAUUUUGGGAGGCGUUUGGUGCAUGCAAUUUUUGGUCUUUAGUUUCUGAGCAUGCAAAAUUAAUUAGGGCAGCAUAUUUUUUGUUUGAGGUAAGGAGAUACAAUUUGUGAAGACUGCCUUCUGAAUCUGAUUUUGUAAUUUUCAGAGCGGAGUUUCUAUGGCCAUAGAAACUUUCACGAUCUCUGAAUCUUUUGGGACUUUAAUUAAAAGUAUCGAUUCCCAUCUAGGCCA